UCGACAUUUUGGUGGCUUUGUGAAAUUUACUGGCGGGUGAUUUGUUUGUUCAUGAAAUAGCUAUAUUGAACAAAACUAGUCAGAGGAAUAUUUCAGAAACCAGUAAAUACUUUAAAAACGAAUGGCACGUUGUUAAAGAAUACAAUUUCUGUAGAAAGUAUUGGCUCAUAUAGCAGGCGAUCAUAACAAUAAGAUAUAUCUACCAAAUAAUUUCAAAAUUACACUAAAGCGUAGCUGUCAACCUGCGAAAUCAGAUGCAUUUUUAAACGCAACAACCGAAUUUCUCUUCGUGUGAGCUGCGUGAGAACGUUGCUUGCUAGUUGCUACAUUGUUGCGGCCUGAAACCUUCCCUGGAAAAUUUGCUUGACAGUCCAGUUUGCUAGCGACUCAGCCAGCGCGUCUGUCACUCGCAGCAGGAACAGCAAUAAUGGCGAAGGUUCAAGUACUAAAUGUCGCUGUCCUCGAUAACCCGAGUCGAUUCGGAAACCCAUUUCAAUUCGAAAUAACAUUUGAGUGCAUGGAAGACCUGCCAGAAGAUCUUGAGUGGAAGAUCAUCUAUGUGGGUUCAGCAGAGAGUGAAGAGUAUGACCAGACCCUUGACUCUGUUCUGGUUGGCCCAGUACCAGCCGGGAGGCACAUGUUUGUGUUCCAGGCGGAUGCCCCAAACACGGGUCUGAUUCCAGAAAGCGAUGCUGUCGGUGUCACUGUGGCGCUAAUCACCUGUACAUACCGCGGACAGGAGUUCAUUCGCAUCGGGUACUACGUCAACAACGAGUACACUGACCCUGAGCUGCGGGAGAACCCACCCAUCAAACCUGACUAUGGACAGCUCCAGAGAAAUAUUUUGGCUUCAAACCCACGUGUAACAAGAUUCCAUAUAAACUGGGAAGGGUGUGCAGAAAGGAUGGAAGACUCAGAGAAUGUGGAUCCUGCCCCCAACUCUAUGCUGCCCCCAUCUUGCCUCCCAGGCAAGGCCCCACCCAUAGGGUUGCUACCUGACAACUCUAUGGACUGCUUGUAGAGGGAAACAUGCAUAUACUCACACAUAAUCAAUGAUCAACCCAAACACUAUAAGCAGAAGAAUGGACAUGGACAUUCUGACUUGGAUGUACAGCCAGCUUUGCCUUACAGCUGCUCUUAUUUCCCUGAAACUGUCAACAACACACUCUCACCUUGGACUUCAGAGGACUACAGUGUCUUGCAACCAAGACAAUCUUUCUGGAGUCAUCUUUAUGUAUUGGAAGUUAAAACUAAUUCAUCCCUUCAUUUUUAAUACUAUCAACAGGGCGAAAGCUGAAAUAUCCAAGUUUCCAUAAAUGUUUAGCAGCUAAUUGGCAGAAAUACUGAUUCACACCAACUAGUCAGCUGUUAAUUAUGUAAUGUAAAUACCAACAGAGGAUUGUGUGAAGCAAAAUGGAGGAAGAAAUGACUCAAGUUGCAGGAAGGAAAAUAAUGGUGGUAUUUUUUGGCUCUUUCUGAGAUGUUAUGUUUAAGUGUUUAUGGUCCUUAUAGCAUUUGGGUUACUGUUUUCCCCCUUUGAUGUUUUGGGAUACUUUUUUGGGGGGGGGGGGCAGCUAAUACUGGUAUGUACAUAUGUUUUUUAUUUUUAUUUUCCUGUGUGCCAUUUUGUUUUGAAAUAAAUCUUUUUUUGUUAUGUGAUGUGUGUGAUUGUCUCUGACAAGCUUUGAGACUUGUGAUGAAAACGGCAAAGAUGGUAUUCUACAUCUGAUUAUUUAAUGGAGUAUCACCUUUCCUCAACUUUGAAUGGUUUUGCAUUGAAAAUAAUGGGUGUAGCUUCCUCUA